AUGCCGUCAACCGGAACGUCCGACGACGGCAUUUCCGGUUCGUCGACAAAUGACAACGAUGGUGCGGCAACAACGACGAGCAGCGGGGGCGUGACCUCUUCAAGUGGCACCCUUGGAACCGGCGCUACGGCGUCCAACCUACGGAGUAGUUUAACGACAGAGGGUUCGGACAUUCUGGAUUUUGACCCGACCAACCAACCCAGCCAGUCCGGUGGCACUGUACCACCGGCAUCAACGGUUACCGGUGGCACACUUACCACAGGAUCAGGGGUUCCGGUCACUGGCCAGUCGGAUAACCAAGACGAAGCAACGACUGUUCCCAUAAUGUCAACGACUGGUGGUAACGAUGAUGGUGCAACAAGCGCCGGAGCCGCUACUGGUUUCACCAUAACUACGUCUGAUGGAGGCGAUAAUGAUGUAACUAGUAGCGGAGCCGUCACCGCCACCGUUACUACUUCCGACGGUAACGAUAACGACGUAACCAGCACUGGAGCCGUUACUGGCGCCCCCGUUAUCACAUCCGGUCCUAACGAUAACGAUAUAACCAGUGGCGGAACUGUUACAACAACUGGUGAUAACGAUAUAACCAGUACCGGAAGCAUUACAUCCAAUGGCAACGAUAACGACGUAACCACUGCUGGAACCGUUACUGGCAGCACCGUUAUCACAACUGCCGGCUCAUCAUUUACUGGCCAGUCUGAUAACCAAGAUGGCACAACUCUUGUUUCGCCAAUGACACCAUCGGACAGUAACGAUAACGAUAUAACCAGCGCCGGGUCGACACCGACCACUUCCGGCUCCGAUCAAACAGAUAACAGCGCCACCAACAGCGCAACCGAUAAACCGGACGGUGGCGACUCAAUCGGAUCAUCGCAGCCAUCGACGGGCGAUUCCGAAUCGUCCACAUCCGGGUUCAGCACAACUGCCAGUGGCGAAGACUCAUCCCCGAUAUCUGUCCCUGUAACCGGGCAGUCUGAUGGCGAUGCGACCAGCAUAUCACCACAACCAUCGACAGCCGAUGAUUCAGAUUCAUCCACUUCCGGUUUCAGCACAACGGCGGAUAACGACGGUCCGUCCUCCAUUUCCGGUUCCAGCACAACCAGGGAUAACAACGGCUCAUUGUCCACAUCCGCAACCGAUAAACCUGACGGUUCCGACUCGAAUUCAUCUUCCCAAUCACCAGUUACCGGAGAUUCCAAUGCGUCCGGGGGGUCCACCACUUCCGGUUCCAGCACAACGGGUGGUGACGACGGUCCGUCGACCACAUCCGGAACCGUUAAACCUGACGGUUCCGACUCGAGUGCAUCGUUUCAAACGACAACUACCGAUGACUCCGAUUCUUCUAGUAAAUCAAUGACUUCCGGUUUUACUACUACCGCGGGCAACGACGACUCGCCGACUACCUCUGGAAGUGACCAACCCGAUGGUCAAGAAUCCGGUUCUUCAACACAGACAUCGACGGUUGAUGUGGAUUCCGAUGAAUCCACGACACCCGGCUCAACUACUUCCGGGGAUACGAAUGACCUUUCAACACAACAGUCGUCCAAUCCACAGACCGAUCAAAAUGAAACCGGCGACCCAACCGGACCCAGCACGACAUCCGUUACCGGUUCCGAGACGCAGGACGUCUCCACCACGGAAUCCUCCGACGUCGGUUCCACGUCGCAAGUUCCAUUCACGCCGAGCACGAAUGGCGAGUCGACCAGUACCGCUACGGGAACCUCAUCCGGGAUCUCCGAAGCUAACGGUGACCCGGCAACAGGCUCUGGAGACUCGUCCGCAUCAUCGUCAACGCCAUCAUCCGACCAGAACGAAACCGGCGAAACGACCGGGUUCAGCGUGUCACACAGCGGCUCGGAAACACCGGACGCCACUGCAACAACUACCGGUGCCGGUCAGUCCAGCGAGCCUUCCGGUGAGCAAACCGACUCGCUGACUUCGGUGACGACAACGAGUUCGAACGAAAAUGAUGGAACCAGUGCCAGCGGGAACACCGAGUCGGAAGACAGUAUAACUUCUCCAAAUCCAGCGUCGACGUCCAGCACCGGUGAUACUGAUGGGCCAGACGGCACUUCCACCACAACCGGAAGUGGUUCCUCGACUGCCGGUCAGGAGACUCCCGAUGAACCAAGCACCGGAUCGUCGGCGUUUUCAACUACACCGGAAAUAAAUGAAGCUUCGGACUCAACUUCCAGUGGAAACAGCGAAGGUCCCGAGCCGACCGGAAGUGACACCGACGCCACAUCGCAAACCAAUCAACCCGCGGAAACUUUCGGUACGGAUCCAACCGAUUCGCCAAACGAGCAAACCGACGCACCGACUUCCGCUACCACAGGUGGUUCCCCUACUACCGCAUCCACGGUGCAAUCCACUUCCGGCACCAUCGGGAAGACCGACGCCCCCACUUCACCGGCACCGGCUUCAACAACCGGGUCCCAGGCUGCGUCCACUACACGUGCCUCGUCGGUCGCCUCCUCUGCACCGGCCUCGUCGGCCCCCUCCACCGCGUCGCACCGACCGUCCCGCACCCGCCGCACCACGACGACCACCACCCGCCCACCAAGCCAGAACAACCAGGUGCUGAAUCAGCUGCUGCAGUAUCUGAUGCUGAUGCAAGUUGCAACAGUUUAUGGGGGGACGCGGCGGCUAAACGUGGAAAUAAAUCUUUUUAAGAGCAGAUAUCUGUUCAGCCGUCUGUGA